AUGGGUGCGGCUACAGACGAGGCGGAGGAGAAGGCGGACGCCGUGGGCUUGCUGCACGGCUACAGCCGAGGCGGAGGAGAAGGCGGACGCCGUGGGCGUUCAUGGAGGAUGGCCCUUAAGAUGAGUGAUGAACAUCCGUUGAGCCGUCCAAUGUUGCCUUUGGCAACUACACCAGAGGUGCCAAAGGCAUCCAAUCCAACUCAGGUGGAGGCCAAGGAGGUUCAGCUCUCGGACAUUGCACCAAUAAUGCUGGAUGAUACCGACGUGAAGACUAAAAUAGAUGACAUCGCUGAACUGGACAUUGCAGAGGAUUUUGAUAACCUGUCUUCCAAAAAGGCAAAAAUUUCUGAAUCACGUAUGAAUCAUGAUACACUACCAUCACCUCCAUCCCCAUCUAGCUCGACAAUAUCUCAUGUUUUCCCAUUGCAUGAUAUUAAGGAACCAAAUUCACAUAAAGAGAUCAAAGUUGAUGAGACAUAUGAUUAUCUCCCACAAGACUAUACAUUGACCGACCAUGAUCUAUGUGCUCAUAUAGCAAUAGAAUCAUCUUUGAGAAAACAAUUGCUGGUUCAGAUAGAUGGAAGUUCUGUCUUGCAACAUCAAUUGAUGUGCCUGCUAGAUGAGAAAGAGUGGGUAAAUGAUGAUGUGAUCAAUGCAUAUAUAUGUUGUAUAAAGGACCAAAUACAUCUCCAGAAUGAUAAUAAAGUAUAUUUUGAGAGUCCAUUUGUUACCUCACUAUUUAAACGAGAUGGCACCAUUGGAAUACAAGAAGGUAGUGCCUUCAUGACAGAGAUUGUCCUCGAAUAUAUGCAGCAUGACAUGAUUAAACUUCCAAUAAAUGCCAAUAACACACAUUGGUAUUUAGCUGUUGUGAAUACAAAAAAAUGUGAGGUUCAAGUUCUAGACUCAUUGUGCUGGAAUUCUGACAGAGAUGAUCUUGCUAAUACGCUACGAGGAAUACAAUUUCAUUUGGACCUUCUUAAAAGUCAAAAGUUGGUAAGCGACGAUUGGAAAGACGUUGAUCUUACUGAAUGGAAGAUCACAGAACAAUUACAAAAGGCAAUUCAAAAAGAUAGUUCUUCAUGUGGUUUAUUUAUGGUUAAAUUUAUGGAAUAUUUCAUCGGAUGUGCACUAUCCUACCCAAUUACACAGGAAAUGAUUACUUCUUUUAGGUUUAAGUUAGCCAGCAUACUAUUAUGUUGGAAAACAAACACUGCAGCAAUGACUACAAUCGUUGAAGAAAGUGACGAUGACAGCAAGGGAGAUCCUGAUGAUGUUCAAAUAUUGGAAAGUUUAGAAGAUAUAAAAAAACAAAAACAAAAAUCCCAUUAUCUGUUGAAAAUAAAUACAGAUCACUAAUAUCAAUUCUUUCUAAUAUGACCUUACAUGAGUUAACAGCUGGACUCUGUAGCUUCAUUAAAUCAAUUGAUUACACC